AUGUUUCUCCCCAUUCUCAUCUACCAGGUUCACUACGUCUUCGAUUACCUAGCAGAGCUCAAAUUAACCGCCGAUUGGGUAAAAGCUGUGAAGAGUAUGUGUGAGGCUGAGCUGCGAAAAUACAAGGCAGCUGGUAAAGGUAAACGUUCACGGCGCUUGACCACCCAAGGCAACUUGUUGAAAUGUGAAUAUGAGGCCGAAUUGAAGGACCUGUGUACUGAUUUCGCCACCUUCCUUGAGGCUUAUGAUGCUUUUACGGCCAAAGCGGUGAGUCUGUUGGAGUGA